GAAGUGAACUGAACAUGCAAGCGAUUUUUAUAUUGUGUACACUUCUUGUAUGCCUGGUUGUAUUAUUGGGAUUAAGUUGGGGCGGCGGAAGUUCGGAUACCCAGGACGUGACCACCUCGAAUCCCAAGUUUCUACUGCACAAGGACUCAUAUUCUUUAUAUGACGAGGCCAAAGAUGUCAUCAAACACGGAGCGAAAGAUAACGAUUUGAAUGGAUUCACUGAACAAGAACUUUUGAAAUCAAAAGCGAGAUUUCAAAAGCUUCUGACUAUUCUGAGGCGACAACCAACAAAGGAUAACUAUUCUCCCAAGGAUUUACCAGUUCAAGUUGAUGCCACCAGUGAUCCAUCUAAUGCAGAAGAUACAACCAUCUUAUGUAAUCCAGUUCUUGACGAAAACUGCGACCCAGAGUCUAUUGGACCAAGACUAAGCGCAACUCUACUAAAGAUCCUCGCUUAAAUUAACUGAUCCCCACAGAUCUUCAGAAUUCGGAACCAAACCAGAAAAAUAUUAAAUUAUUUAUAUUUAUUAAUCUAUUAAUAUUACUAGACACUUUAAUAUACAUAUGUAUCCAC